CGCAAAUAUGCAAAAUGGUGCUGAUGUUGAUGUUGUGUUGACAACACAGACGCCAAUUUUCAGAGAGUUUGUUGAUUCAGCAGUAAACCAUCAUGGCUGACCUGGACACGGAGGUGGACCUCCUGCCAAGCAUCAGGCAGCUCAUCUCCAGCGUAGCAUCGUCUAUCCAGAGGUCCUCUACCUUGGCUACUGCUGAGGAUAUGAUGGUCCAUCUGGAAGGCACUGAUGUCAACUUCCACAGGUAUGAGUUAGUCAAGUACAUCAAGGGGCGUACCGAGGCGGUAUUGGGCCCUCUCAUUGAGGAGGAGAUCGAGAGGAGAAACCUGGACAUGCCAAACAGAGCCACCGAGGAAGUGCUGGUCAGAGAUGUGACAGAGCGUGUCAUCAAUGAUCAAGCGUGCACAGACAUGAAGCAUUCGUUGAAGCUGAGCACCCGUAGUGCCGUGGAUCGUUUGAUUCAGGCGUACGACGAUGACAAACGUCAGCGUACCAGUCAGGGUUCUUACGCCCCUUCUUACCGGUAUCCAGAGAGGACUACCAACAGUUUUAACCCCUCCAGUGGAGAUGAUGACUCCUCGUUUGAUGACUCCUUAAAUCAAAGCUCCUUCAUGUUCAUGAACCAAGAACAGUUCACCAACAUCACAGAGAGCCUGGACUCCAGCCAGCCCCUUCAGUGGCGCAGAGAAGCGCUUCAGAAGCUUCUCCAGGUCCCUCCCUCGGACGUCCUGGCCUGUGAGAACUGGGGCAGGAUGAAGAAAGGUCUGGUAGCGGCCCUUGCUGAUCCUGAUGAAGGCCUCUCUGAGAGCAGUUUACGCUUUCACGCCAGGAUGUUUGGUUCCAACUCUCACAAUGUGAUGAGAGAGAUGUAUACAAACCUCAUUGAUCAUCUGAGUAAUGAGUUCAAGGCUUUGGGAAGCAAGGGGGGAAUGGCAGUGCAUCAUGGGAUAGAUGCUACACAGUACCCCGCCCAGAAGCUGUUACGGAGAUUCCGUCUCGUCAACGAGUUUCAGCUGGAGAUACCCAAGUAUUGGAUCAGAUUCCCUGACAAAUUUCUUCAAGACCUCACAGAUAGCACACUUAAUUUUCUGGUGAUGAAACCAAGCAAGCCUUCUGAAGCCAUUACUCCCAUGCACUACAUUUCCCUGCUGGACCCUAAAGCUCUCUGGUUCAAGAAGUGGAUGCAUGGGCACUACAGCAGGACUAUCAUUCUUGGCCAUCUCAAGGAUAAAAAUACCCUGCUUGUGAAUGCAGUUACCCAGUGCUUGGAGUUUGUGGAUUCCCGGGCAGCUUGGCUAGACUCCAUGAAUGACCUCUCCGAUCGCUUCAACAUGAACAGACUGGAUUCUUCUCGUAGAACCAAGUACACCGAGAAGGAGCUUGAGUUCUUGGUCUUCAUUCAGUCCCUCUCAAUCCUUGGCAGGCUCCUUGUCUAUGACAACGGCAGGCAACUCUUCCCUGUCAAGGUACAUGGCAAAGAAGUGACCCUUACUGAGCUUGUGAGGAGUCUGUUGCCAUUGAUCACCAAGAGGUCAUUCCAGGUCAACAUGCCUACUGACACAGGUGCUCCAAGCCCAGCUAUGUUGGUCACAGAGAUGCUGAAGAUUGUGAGUACGGACCGAGCAGCAUGUGUGGAAUGCCUCUGCAAAGAUGAGGUGGUCACCGAUAUUCUCAAGCCUGUCAACGACUGGCUGAACAAGGAUCAGCCUUCUAGUGACCUAACAAUGCUCUGUGUUGCUGAAGUACUAUCAGCCAUGGCAAGCUGGGAGACUGGCACAAAGCUACUACUCUAUGGAGAGAAUGGCAGCACCUUCCAACACACUCCGAAUGCUGCUGUGCAUAUCAUUUCUGAGUUCUGCAAGCGAGCGAUGGACCAGCCUGUAGGCACUGAGUUCCUAACUCAGCCCUCCAGACCGGUCAUUGGAGUCUUCUUGUAUGUCUGUCGUCAGCUCUACUGUACUCCAGAAGGUCUGCUGAUACUACACCCCUACGGGCUUCAUCAUUCAGUAGCAAAUGCUUGGAGAGAGGUAAGCAGAGAGGUGGAGCUAGGGGACACGCCCGUGAUGGAGGAAUCAGAAGUCACACCGGAGAACAUGGAAGCUAGAGAUGCCUUCAUGUGGGAGCAGAACCUCCUUGACAACCUCCUUAACUUUGCUGGUACUCCAAAGGGUAUGCUGCUGCUCCAACAGACUGGUGUGAUCAAUGAGUGUGUGGCUUACAUGUAUGGAAGAUACACUAAGAAACUACAGGUGAGCAAGAUGGAGAAGUUUGGUUAUGGUACCAUGGUAACCCAGGUAUCAGCUACUGCUCCAGGCAUGGCUGCUCUUCAGAGCUCCGGUUUCAUCAAGGCAUUGACCACUGAGAUGUGGUCAGUUCUAGAAUGUGGAAAGGAUGACCAUCCGUCAGUCCAAAGACCAGCUCCAUACCCCACCCAACCCAUGGACAGGAUAACUCACAAGUACUUUCUGAACAUGGUGAACCUGCUGUCAGCGUUCCCUGCCGUCUAUGAAGUCCUAGCCAACCAACCCCUGAAGAACAAGGAAUCCUACUCGUUCAGGGAGAUGCCUGAAACUAUUCCUGAUGUGAUUGAUCGUCUGAUCCUGGUGGACUCAGAAGCUAAGCAGCACUCUCUUUUCAAUCUAGAAGAGAGUAAUGUGUUUGGUCUAAGAUUACUGAGUGUGUUGGUUUCGUGCCUGGAUACCUUGCUACUGUUAGAAACUCAAUACAGGAUCUGGGACAGGCUGCUGGAGGCACAGAUGAAUAACUGCAUGGAAAAGGGUGAAGUAAUGGUGGAUGCACUGUCAAUAGAACGCACCCACAUCCUGGUGCGGUCUUACGUGAUCGGUGGUCCCAGGGAGCGCAUCCUACCACCAAGGACCCUCUCAGAGGACCAGGAGGAACCCUUCCCUUGGCCCGUAGUGACCUGCUUCCCGGUACCUAAGGAGUACAUCCCUGCAGUAUCCAGACCAUCAGCGCUCAAGCAAGACAUUGAUCUAAGCCGGGCUCUGUCCAACGUGAAUAACACCAUCGACUGGUUAGCUAACUGCAGAGAAACAUUUGUCAAUGUACUGAUGGACAAACAUGAUGCCCUCAACUCCAAAACCCUUGCUGAUCUGUUAGAGCAGGUAGUCAACGUCCAAUCAGAGCUACCUGAAUUCCAGAUCAUCCCCACCAGACAGGGUGUCAUCAAGGACAGCUCUAUCAAGAACCAGAAGCUUUCCAGUCUCCAGGAGUUCGGCACCAGAAUGGCAGUCAGGUAUGGGCAGCAGCUGAAGGUGUUACUCAGUCCUGGUGAAGCGACAGAUGAUCUGACAGUACUCCUUAAGAGGUCGAAGUACUUUCUGCACAGUCAACAGAGAAACAUGGAAUCAGAGAUGCAUUGCUUACAAGGGGACUAUCCAGGUCAUGACUGGUUCCUUUGUACCCUCUUUCUCCUGUACGGAGGUAACAAAGAUAGGGCGUGGUCAGUGGUCCAGAAGAUGUCUUCUCUUCUCGUCUCUGCAUACAUCUGGAUGCCUCGUCUCCAUGCAUCGGUUCAGCUACCUGUAGAGUUGGCCAUGAGUGGCAUCAGACCAGUGUUUUCCACCACAUGUUACCUGAUAGAACUGAUCCUGCAGACUGAACUACCCCAGCUCUACUCUGCCUUCAGACUCUCAGGGUAUACACCAUCACAGAUUUGCCAGCACUGGUUGAGUCAAUGUUUCUGGAACUACCUGGACUGGCCUGACAUCUGCCUCUAUGUGUGCCUGUGUGUGUUGAUGGGAAGCGACUAUCAAGUCUAUCUGUGUGUGGCCAUCCUGCGUCACAUGCAACCCACCAUCCUGCACCACACACAGCAACAACGGCUACAGAUCUUCCUCAAGGAGAACAGCCUUGAAGGGUUCCAUGUCGGAGACCAUCUGGCUUACAUGAAGAACCUUGAGAGGAAGUUCAGAGGGACAGUCCUUCAAGACAUGCAGAAUCUCAGUAAAGCAUGAUAAUGUAGAUCAACUCACUCUGGCUUAUCAAGAUACCAAUGUCUUUCACUUCAACAAGCUCCACUGCUUCGGUUGAAUAGAUAAUACCACUGACUGAAAAUAUGCAAGUGUGGGAGAUUUUUAAGUGAAGACCUUUUUGUAAUGUUGGUAAAGCCCUUAGAAUUUUUCAUCAGGUUUAUCUGAUUUUAGUAGAUAACUAAGCAAGAUACAUACAAUUAAUAGCUGCUAUGAUUUUUUAAAAUAAUUGUUUGUAUUCAUGUGGAAUUAGAUUUUAAAAAAUAGCUUCUAAAUAUGUGAAAUAAGAUUCCCUGGCAAGGAUGGAACUUGCCUGUGUGAUUAGGCAUGUGUUAAACACGAAUCUUUGAAUGUAAGGAUUUGUACUAUUAAAAGCCAGUUUUAGCUUGUUGGGUAUUGCGAUUUUCAGAUAUUUACACAAAAAUUCAUUUGAAAUCGUGGACAGAACAACAGAAUAUGUGAUAUAAAUGUCCUUUGAUGCAAGUGUAACAACGAUGAGGAAUUGUUCAACAAGUUUCAUACAAACUCAUUUGUUUCUGCUAGAACUGAAGAUUAUCUUUAACAAAGAUUAUCCAUAACCCAGUUAUCUUUCAUUUUGAAACUUGUACAUGAACCCUCAAAUGCACAGCAUUUUUUUCAAGCAAUUUUUUCGCUUAUAAAUUCUCAUUUUUUACAAAAGAUGUUAUGAAAUCAUUACACAAGCAUGUACUGAUUGUUUUGUUGUGGCAAAUGAAAGAAGGUAACUUCUUAAGCUCAUGACAAUUUUUUAAAAGAGAAAUAAAAAUCAUGAUGUAAGCAGUUAGCUGAAGACAAUAUGCUGUCAUAUAUCAUAAUUUUCAGAAUUAUUUAUUCCAUUUUCUUUACAUGCAUAAUUUCAAUGUUGAUGAUAUCAAAUUGUAAUCAUUGAAUUUUAUUGUCAAUCAUAUAACAAUAACACAAUCUUAUUAUUUGGAAAUUUGGCCGAUGCAACCCCAUUUGAGAUAUUACAAGCUUGUCAUAUUGAGAGAUCCAUUCAAAAUGACAAUGUCAGGAUUGUGAUCAAAGAACCUGCCAGUACAGCUCUAAUUUCAUGGUAAUUUUGUUUGCAGGCACAGCCCCAAAUUCAUAAAAGUCAUGGAUUUGAUGAAAAACAGUGUCAAAUUACUAUUGUUGUGAGUAGAAAAAGGGUAUCAUUGUUAUAGUGUAGAAUGGAAUAGAAAACCAGACAAUUCCUCGCAGGGACUUUCUACAUAAUGAAUCACCCACAGGUCGAUUAGACACAGAGGUUAGUAGACUACAUGUGAUGGAAUUAUGAUCUGUUUGAAAUUGAGACUUGCAUGUAUGAAUUAUGAUGUAGAUUUCAUGUUCUUUUCUCAUCUUCUCUUAAUCAUGCACAGUUUUAGUGUUUGACCUUGGGUAUAGUUUUGUGACAACUUUUGGAUAGUUUGACUAAAAACGACAAAAUUGGAUGGAAUAGAAUAAUUUGAUUAUAUCUUCUCAAUGUAAUACGUUGACUCAAAACAAUUGAAAUUUUAUUUAUUUAUUCAGUGAUUACAUCUGCUUCCUCAUGUUUCAACACCUUGAACUGUAUGUCGAUACUUUAUACUGCUUUACUGAAUAAAAUUAAAUAUCUUGCUCUAAAAUAUGAUGAAUAUAGGAAAAUUUGGGUGAAAAUAGAAGAUAUAGAUAUAGUUUUUAAUAUUGUUUUUGACAUGAUCCCUGAAUGAUUCAUGCAGAUCCUUUCCUUGUUCAUCAUGUAUGAAUGGUCUGCAUAAUACCAGGGGGCGGGGAGGGGGUGACAACACAGCAUCCAAACAAUGCAGUUUUUCCCUAUUGACGCUGUUAUCUUCUUUAAAGAUAUGAUGCAAUUAAGUAUCAUGUUCAAACAUUUAUGACAAUCAUUCUUGUUUGUGUGUGGAUUUUUAGUGGUAAAAAUAUGGAGUAUCAUAUUAAUGUGUAAAUACAUAGUUACAUAGUUACAUUCAUUUUGUUUUUGCCUUUGUAAUGUACUUCUGUAUAGCAUACUAGCAUUAUUUAUUUACAUAUUGAUGAUAUGUAAUAUAUUGUAAAUACACUUGUUAGUAUUUAUUUGUAUGUUAUGAAAUCAUAGAAAGAAAAUAAAUUUGUUAAAAAGACA